UUGGCUCUUGCCCUCCGGCCGAGAAGCAUGGGUCUGCGGGCGUUCGUCUGCGCCUUCUUGCUUGCCGCCUGCUGUUGCAGCCGCCGGGCCGCUGGUGUGCCAGGAGAGGCCCAGCAGCCCGAGCCGGAGGUGGUGGAGGUGGAGGUGGGCGGCACGGCCCUUCUGAAAUGCAGCCUCUCCCACUCCCAGGGCAACUCCAGCUACGUGGACUGGUUUUCUGUCCACAAGGAGAAGCCCACACUCAUCUUCCGUGUGCGCCAAGGCCAGGGCCAGAGCGAACCUGGCGAGUACCAGCACCGCCUCAGCCUCCAGGACAAAGGGACCACUCUGGCCCUGACACAUGUCACCCCCCAUGACGAACGCAUCUUCCUGUGCCGUGGCAAACGCCCUCGGGCCCAGGAGCACCGCCUCCAGCUGCGUGUCUACAAAGCUCCAGAGGAGCCAAGCAUCCAGGUCAAUGGGGUGGGCAUUUCUGUGACCAGCGAGGAGCCCAAGGAGGUUGCUACCUGUGUGGGGAGGAACGGGUACCCCAUCCCCCAAGUCGUCUGGUACAAGAAUAACCAUCCCCUGAAGGAGAAGAAGAACUGGGUCCAGAUCCAGUCCUCCCAGAUUGUGGAAUCCAGUGGUUUGUACACCUUGCAGAGCGUUCUGAAGGUGCGACUGGCUAAAGGCGACAAAGAUGCCCGGUUUUACUGUGAGCUCAGCUACCGACUGCCCAGUGGGAACCACAUGAAGGAAUCCAAAGAAGUCACUGUCCCCGUUUUCUACCCGACAGAGAAAGUGUGGUUGGAAGUGGAGCCUGUGGGAAUGCUGAAGGAGGGGGACCGUGUGGAAAUCAGGUGUAUGGCUGAUGGCAACCCCAAACCUCACUUUAGCAUCAGCAAGCAGAACCCCAGCACCAAGGAGAUGGAGGAACAAGCUGCAGGUGACAACGGGAUCCUGGUCUUGGAGCCGGCCCAGAAGGAGCACAGCGGGCUCUAUGAGUGUCAGGGUCUGGACCUGGAAACCACUAUAUCGCUGAGUGACCAGCAGGAGCUGCUGGUGAACUAUGUGUCUGAUAUCCGGGUCAGUCCGGCAGCCCCUGAGGGCCAGGAGGGCAGCAGCCUCAAUCUGACCUGUGAGGCAGAGAGUAACCAGAACCUUGAGUUCCAGUGGCUGAGAGAGAAGACAGGCGAGGUGCUGGAAAACGGGCCCGUGCUCCAGCUACACAACCUGCAGCGGGAGGCAGGGGGAGGCUACCGCUGUGUGGCAUCCGCGCCUCACGUGCCCGGCCUGAACCGCACUCAGCUGGUCAGCGUGGCCAUUUUUGGCUCCCCGUGGAUGACGUUGAAGGAGAAGGUGGUGUGGGUGAAGGAGAACACAAUGUUGAAUCUGACUUGUGAAGCAACAGGCCAUCCUCUGCCCACUAUCUCCUGGAAUGUCAGUGGCACGACAAGUGAACAAAACCAAGAUUCCCAGAGUAUCCUGAGCGUCCUGAAUGUCCUGGUGACCCCAGAGCUGCUGCAGACAGGUGCCCAAUGUGUGGCUUCCAACUCUGUGGGCAAAAACAGCACUGUCAUUUUCCUAGAGCUGGCCUCCAACACAACCACUGACCUCAGCACCUCCACUGUCAGUCCCCACUCCAGAGCCAACAGCACCUCCACAGAGAAGAAGCUGCCAGAGCCGGAAAGCAAGGGUGUGGUCAUCGUGGCAGUGACGGUGUGUGUCCUGGUCCUGGCUGUGCUGGGAGCUGUCCUUUACUACUUCUACAACAAGGGCAAGCUGCCAUGCGGGCGGUCAGGCAAGCAAGAGAUCACGCUGCCCCCGUCUCGUAAGGGUGAAUUUGUAGUGGAAGUUAAGUCAGAUAAGCUCCCAGAAGAGAUGGGCCUCCUACAGGGCAGCAGCGGUGACAAGAGGGCUCCAGGAGACCAGGGAGAGAAAUACAUCGAUCUGAGGCACUAGCUGGCUGAAUCACAGCUUCCUUCCUGCCUGGAACAUUUCCUGCUCCCUGCUCACCCUCCUCCCCAGCACUGAGGAUGGUUGCCAAAGCCUCUGAAGGGAACUAGAGAAGACCUGCUCCAGCUCACCUGCAGAACCCCCUCGGGACAAGUGGGCUAGGAGGAGAGUGUCCCCUGCAAGACCUCCUGUGGCCCUGGAGGCCCUUCUUCAGGGACCAACCCAUCAUCACCCCAAUUUUUUGAGUGACACUCAUCCAAGGAAGGGGCCUUGGUAACCCAGCAAUGGGUAGGAGAAUUGGCUCGGAACAUGUUUCCUCUUUCCACACAUUAUGGGUAUAAAUAACUGUCUUCAACCAGCAGCUGAACUGGGUGGCCUGUUUUCUGAGCUGGACUGUGCCCCAAAGGCUGGCUUCAUAUUUCAGCUGUAUCACUGAAGUGAAGAUACCCAGGCCCCUCUCACUCGUAAAGUAUGUUGCUCCCACUGAUUCUACAAAGUAGCUCAUUAGUAUCUAGAAGUGCUGCCUGCCUGCCUCUGGGGUCCCUUAUGUGACACUCCAAGCAGAAGCCAGGAGCUAGUGUCACUCCUUAACAGGUGUGGGGCUAUCCCAUUGUCCUUGCAAUGGGGACCCAUGGAGUUUGCCAGGAUUAAGGCUACUGAGGCCAAGCUGCCUACUUUCGUUUGGCUCCUGAUACCCUCAGGGAUCAUGUGAGACUGAAAGAUGGCAGGAGGAGGCAGAGAUGACGUCGAGAGUCUCCUUUAUGGGAUAAGGGCUAUAGUUACACUAGUACCUAACUUCUGCAAACUGAGCGAAUGGGCCUAGGCCCUAGCAAAAUGAGUCCAGUGGCAGAAUGGUACUUAGGGAUGAGAAACAGGGGCCUGGCUAGAGCUUGGGGUGUGUGUGUGUAUAUGUAUCUGCGUGGGCGAAUAUAUAUAUAUGUGGUUUUGUUAGGUUGUGUGUAAAUUUGCAAACCUUCCUUUGUGUGUAUGUGUGUGCGCGCGCGUGUGUGUGUACAAUAAAGCUUAAUUGUCUCAGAAAU